ACGUUUUCCUCAAGCAAGCGUGCUAUUAACUGUUAGCUGACGCUGCUGUGAAAUAUAACGUUUUUGUGUCUAGACUUUCUAUGCAGUUCAUCUGAACCCUGUUUGUAACUUUUUUAAUCGAUAAGAUGGAGCCUCAAAUGCUCGUUAACCAAGGACUCAGCGAGAGCGUUGCUCAACGUGUUUCUGAAAUCUUUGCUUUGGGGAUUCUUUCUCCUGAAGAACUCGAUGACAGAGCGUUCGAAGCUCUUCGCGAAUUCAAUCAAGACGGCGCUUUGGAAGUGUUAGAUCAAUUUGCGAACAGUGACUUAUCUCAUGUGCAAAAUAAGAGCGCUUUCCUUUGCGGAGUGAUGAAAACCUACGUCACAAAGUCUUCUACGACAGGCGCUGAUACCUCUAGCAACCAGGGAGCGCCCAGUAAAGCCGACGAAGGGAAGAUAAAAGCUUUAUUAGAGAGAACAGGUUAUACGUUAGAUAUCACCUCGGGACAGAGGAAAUAUGGAGGUCCACCACCUAACUGGGAAGGUCCUGUACCCGGGACAGGUGGUAGUGAAAAAGGCUGCUGUCAGGUUUUUGUUGGGAAGAUCCCACGCGACUGCUUUGAAGAUGAAGUAAUCCCACUCCUUGAAGAAUGUGGUCAGAUUUUUGACUUCCGUCUCAUGAUGGAACCUGAAUCUGGACUUAAUAGAGGCUAUGGAUUCUGUACAUAUGCAACUAAAGCUGGUGCACAGAGUGCAGUCAAGAAACUUGACAAUAAGGAAAUUCGACCUGGCAAGAAGUUAGGAGUCUGCAUUUCAGUGGCAAACAACCGUCUCUUUGUUGGAUCCAUUCCAAAGAGCAAGACCAAGGAAGAAAUUUUGGAGGAAUUUGGAAGAGUCACCUCUGAUUUGACCGAUGUCAUUGUUUACUUGUCUUCAGAGCAAAAAGGCAAAAACAGAGGCUUUGCAUUCUUAGAGUAUGAAAGCCACAAAGCAGCUGCACUGGCAAAGCGACGGCUUCAGAGUGGUAAAGUUUAUGUCUGGGGAAUGGCUGUGGCCAAGGUUGAGUGGGCUGAUCCACAGGAAGAGCCUAAUGAUGAAGUUAUGGCAAAGGUGAAGGUGGUGUAUGUCCGAAACUUGUCACCUGUCAUCACAGAGGAGAAACUACAAGAAGAGUUUGGCCAGUUUGGAACUGUAGAAAGAGUUAAAAAGCUCAAAGAUUAUGCCUUUGUUCACUUCACAGAACGUGAGGAUGCACUGAAUGCGAUAAAUGCACUAGACCAACAGAUGUGGGAUGACAUUUCUAUAAGUGUGUCCCUAGCAAAACCACAACCAGCAAACAGGGACAGUAGGCGAAGAGGAGGCCCCGGAAUGGGGCAAGGUCCUCGUGGAAACCAACUAAGAGGUGGAGCACCCAGAGGGCGAGGUCGUGGGCGAGGGGGAUAUGACCAAGGGUAUGAUAACAGUGGUGGGUAUGGCCAAUAUGGAGGUUAUGAUAGUGGAAGCAAUUAUGACAGCUAUUAUGACGAUGGUAGCUAUGGAGGAGGUGGGUAUGGUGGUGGUUAUGGUGGUGGGUAUGGAAAUGAAGGAUAUGGUGGAGGAGGUUACUACAGCCAAGGUGGCUCAAGAGGUGGGCCGAGGGGGUCACGUUCCCGUGGUGGUCCAGGUGGGCCAAGUAGAGGUGGACCUCGUGGUGGCAGUGGCGGUGGUGGCUUUGGUCGUGGAGGCAGGGGUGGACGUGGUGGUCCUCCUAGAGGAAGGGGUGGCAGAGGUGGAGGUGAUGGUGGCUAUGGUGCGCAGAAGCGUAAGUUUGGUGGUGAUGGUGCUUAUCAAGGCUCAGCUGGUGGCUACUCAGAACCUAAGAGGCAGUACAUUGAUUACAACCAUCAGUAUGGGCAGCAGGACUCCCAACAAGAGUGGGGUGGUGACUACAACUACAGUGACCAGGGCGAUCAACAGUGGUACCAAGACUCCUGGUCGCAGCAGCAGGGAUGGUGAAGUGAUCCUGUAUUUGCUGAUUGGCAGCCAUUCAACUUGUCCAACCAGAUUCAUGUUGAAUUGAUCCAAUUGUGUCAUCAUUUUGUUUGGAGCCCAAUCAUUUCUUUCUCUGAUUGGUUUGGAUGCUGCAUCAAACAUAAAGGGAAAAGGCUUUUUCGAUGUUACAUUCUCUGUAUCAUUUUGUUUUUUAGCAAAAAAGAAGAAAUUCUUUCAUAAUCUGACUGAGUUCAAAACUUAAGGAAUCAACUUUCUUUUUUGAUCUUGAGUUACUAGGGUAAAAGAGGAGAUUGUGUUGCAAAAUCUGUGGUGUUUCAUAUAAACAUUCGUAGUUCUUCCCAAAGUCUAUGAGCCUUGUCUAGUUCUGCUUUUCAAAUUCAAAUUUUUACAUUUUAAUCUUCAUUCUUUUGAACUUAGUAAAUAAAACUUCAAGUAUUGUUCAAAAAUACCGGUAGACUUAGAAAUAGACAUCUAAAGAAGAUCUGCAAUCCAAUGAUUGAUCGAGUGGGUUUGUUUAACAAUCAUAUAAUCUUGAACUUAAAUAAAAUUGCUUAUUCAAAAUUAGCCAGUAAAACCAGCUGGGUA